AUGAUGAACUCUACUCAGGUUCCAUAUUUCUCACUAACUGCCUACUUUGACACCGGGCUGUUUAAAUAUCUCUACUUCAUUAUUAUCAUGUGUUUGUAUGUGUUGAUCAUUAGUGCCAAUGUGUUGCUCAUCGUGGUUAUCUGUAGUAACAGAAGCUUACAUGAACCUAUGUACCUUUUCCUGUGCAGCCUGUUUGUAAAUGAACUGUAUGGUAGUACAGGGUUGUUUCCAUUCCUUCUGGUUCAGAUCCUCUCUGACAUUCACACUGUUGCUGCUCCGCUCUGCUUCCUGCAGAUCUUCUGCGUUUAUACGUACGCAAGUAUACAAUUUAGUAACUUAGCCGUCAUGUCUUAUGACCGAUAUCUGGCCAUCUGUUGUCCUCUACAAUAUAACACACGUAUGACACAUAACAAGGUUAUCACGUUUAUUGCUCUAACAUGGUUAUACCCUUUUAUUGCUAUUUAUAUUUUGAUAUCUCUGAGCGUCCCUCUCCAGCUGUGUGGGAACAUUAUUACCAAAGUCUACUGUGACAACUACUCUAUAGUUAAACUGGCCUGUUCUGACACCAGAGUCAAUAACAUCUAUGGGAUUGUUUACACUUUUACAACAGUUAUUCUUGUACUUUUAAUCUUCUACACGUAUAUAAAGAUCCUAAGAGUGUGUUUCUCUGGCUGUAAACAGACCAGACAGAAAGCUGUCAGUACCUGCACACCUCACCUCGCUUCUCUGCUCAACUUCUCCUUCGGCUGCUUCUUUGAAAUAAUACAGAACAGAUUUAAUAUGAAAUAUGUAUCAAAUAUGUUGCGCAUUAUUUUAUCGUUAUACUGGCUGACAUGUCAACCGCUCUUUAACCCUGUUCUGUACGGACUGAAAAUAACCAAAAUACGCAUCACAUGUAAAAGUGUUCUGUUUGGUAAAAUGUGA